AACUGCACGUUUACUCCAUACACAACCAAAUUCCAAGCAUUCGUCGUAUGCCACAAACCAGGAGCAAUCAAUUGCAGCACCCCAUACAUUCCAGUCCAUGCACACCUCACAGACCGCCGAUUGAACUAUAACUUUGGUGACAGGAUAACUGUGACUUGCAAUACAAGCUCGGAUACCUUUACCCUUCAGUGCCACAACAAGGGACUCUGGAGUGGCCCUGUAAUUUCAUGUCCUGCACCAUUAUAUCCAGUCGGUCUUCCAGCUAAAUGUAGCGCGCCAAUAAUUCCAAGGUACUCCGCGAUUCAAUCCCUUCAGUUGAGCUAUAACCAUGGGGAAAGUGUGAAUGUACAAUGUGACAAUAGCAGUGUUCAACCCUUUACACUUCAAUGUAAUACCACAGGAUUAUGGAUUGGCCAAAUGCGACAAUGUCCUCCGCCAAUUGCAGAGCCAGUACGAUGUAACAGUCCGUACAUCCCGAGAUAUGGGUCUAUUGAUAACCUUCGUCUGGACUAUAAUAUUGGCACCAGUGUUAGGAUCACAUGUGACAACAGUACAGACAGCUAUAGCCUUCGGUGUAACUCUGAUGGAUUCUGGACGGGAAGCGUUCUUUCUUGUCCGGCACCAGUUGAAGCACCAGAAAAGUGCAGCGCCCCAUACGUCCCGAGGUACGCUACAAUCCAGGACCUCAGAAUGAGCUAUGACUUCAAUGAAAGAAUAACCGUGACGUGUGACAACAGCACUACACAGUUUACCCUAAUGUGUCAUACGCAUGGCCUUUGGAGUGGCCCGGUGGUGUCCUGUCCAGAACCUUACAGACCCCCCGAACAGUGCAACACUCCUUACGUCCCAAGGUAUGCCACAAUCCAGGGCCUCAAAACGAGCUACGACUUCAAUGAGCGAAUAACCGUAGUAUGUGACAACAGUACUAGACAGUUCACCCUCAUGUGUCACAUGCAUGGCCUAUGGAGUGGCCCGAUGGUGUCUUGUCCGGAACCCUACAGACCCCCUACAAGGUGCAACGCUCCUAGCAUUCCAAGAUAUUCCAAGAUAUCCGCUCGAAAUCUUCAAACAUCUUACGACUUGGGCGCCAGGGUAAAUGUAAGAUGUGAUAAUAGCUCGGUUCGAUUCGCACUCCGAUGUCGCACUGGUGGACUAUGGGAGGGACAGGUACAAGCUUGCCCGACACCUGUAGAAAAACCGAUACGAUGUAACAGUCCGUACAUCCCGAAGUAUGGGUCAAUUGAUAACCUUCGUUUGGACUACAAUGUUGGCGACAGUGUUAGGAUCACAUGUGACAACAGUACGGACAGCUAUAACCUUCGGUGUAACUCUGAUGGAUUCUGGACGGGAAGCGUUCUUUCUUGCCCUGCACCAAUUGAAGCUCCAGAAAAUUGCAGCACCCCGUACGUCCCGAGGUAUGCCACAAUCCAGGGCCUCAAAACGAGCUAUGAAUUCAAUGAACGAAUAACCGUAACGUGUGACAACAGUACUACACAGUUCACCCUCAGAUGUCACACGCAUGGCCUUUGGAGUGGCCCAGUAGUGUCUUGUCCAGAACCUUACAGACCCCCAGUGCAGUGCAGCGCCCCUUACGUCCCAAGGUAUGCCACAAUACAAGACCUCAGGAUGAGCUACGACUUCAAUGAAAGAAUAACCGUAACGUGUGACAACAGUACUACACAGUUCACCCUCAUGUGUCACAAGCAUGGCCUUUGGAGUGGACCAGUGGUAUCUUGUCCCGAACCUUACAGACCCCUAGUGCAAUGCAGCGCCCCUUACGUCCCAAGGUAUGCCACAAUACAAGACCUCAGGAUGAGCUACGACUUCAAUGAAAGAAUAACCGUAACCUGUGACAACAGUACUACACAGUUCACCCUCAUGUGUCACAUGCAUGGCCUAUGGAGUGGCCCAGUGGUGUCUUGUCCAGAACCUUACAGACCUCCCGUAAAAUGCAACGCACCAUACGUCCCAAGAUAUGCAACAAUUCAGAACUUUCAAAUGAGCUAUUACUAUAGUGAUAUAAUCACUGUGACAUGUGAUGGAAGCUCCACUCAGUUUAUCCUACAGUGUGCCACGAACGGUCUGUGGAAAGGGCAGGCGGUAUCUUGUCCAGAACCUCCACAAGUUCCAAGACAAUGCAAUGCUCCUGCUAUCCCGAGAUAUUCAGGUAUUGAGGGACAACAAUCGGCCUAUAAUGCUAAUGACGAGGUGAUUGUAUCCUGUGACGGAGGUAGUUCUCAGUUCACCCUUCGAUGUAACAAUGAUGGAAUAUGGACUGGACCAAAUAUCGCUUGCCCUGCGCCUGAUCCGGGUGCCUCUCAUCAAACCUUCUGUAGUGCUCCGGUUAUUCCCCGUCAUUCAACCAACCAGAAUCUUCGUCUCUCAUACAAACCUAGCGAUAGGGUUAACGUGACAUGCAAUGAAGAUCAUAGUUCCUUCCUCUUGGUAUGUCGAGAAGGGUUAUGGAUUGGACAAAACAUAGUGUGCGAGGAACCAGAUGUAGUAUGCGACCCACCAAUCAUACCAGCUGUUUCAUCUGUCGAAAAUCUAAAACCUCGCUACAAGGUCGGCGACGAGGUCAACGUCACUUGCAACGGCGACUCUGAUUGGUUUAUUUGGGAAUGUCACCGGGAUGGUAAAUGGCGAGGAAGGGCCAUUGAUUGCCCUAUUCCACGACCAUCCCUUGGCCAUGUUAGUGCCGUUCCAGGAAAUACUGCAGAUAGAAAAGCUGAGAAGGGGAGCACAGGUUUCUUAACUACGGCCCUGCUUGUAACUGCGCUGAUCGUUUUCGUUUUGGUGUUGAUGUCAAUGGCAGGUUUCUCGAUCUUCGUGAAACGUCGGGUCCGUUCAUCCUCAAACGAAUACCUGAAUGAUAAAAGUGCUGACCGGGGACCACUUCCCGACGUCCCAUCGGGAUACGCAGGUUACAUUGCAGGUGACAAGUCAUUGUACACGGAACCCUACCUCAAACCAGACCGCAACACUCAUAACUACGAAGACUAUGAUACCCCACGUUAAGCUAUUUUGCUCGAAUCGGCAUCGGCGAUGACAAUAGUAUACGUUGUACGAAAUGAUAAAGGAGAAUGAUAAAAAACAGGAUUACAAAACCGAAUACAAACACAAAGAAACAUAAAUAAUAUAGGAUAAAAUCACAAACAUAGAUGAAUACUUACAAUCCAUUUUGUUUGUGGUGAUGUGUUUCAUUCCUACUAUUCGGUUUUUUUUUCUAAGGUACAAGACACGAAUAAAUUUCCUCUUGAUUUUUGUUGUUUACUACAUUUUAGAAGUAACUUACAUUUUGUUGCCAUGUUUAUGAAUAAUUAUUUUAUACAUCAAAUCUCCAAAAUAAGUUUAUCUUGAUUAAAUGUAAUCAAGGGCUUCAUAUUAAUAAAAUGAUAAAAUAUUAAACCUUAAUUCAAAUAUGAGGAACAAAGACUUGGACAAUCUGAAACAAUAUUUCAUCAGUAAUGCAUUGAGUUGAAUCGAAAUGAAAUAAGCCAAACUUGAACUUGCACUUGUUUUUUUCGAUAUAAGUAAAAUAAAACAAUAAUUUCGAGUAUUGAUCUUGCGCUGUAUGUGAGUUUGCAUUUCCUGUUGAUAUGCAGACAUUGUAAAUAUGCGCACAUUAAAAGAGGGUAUCUGAGUAUUUCAAGCGAUAGCAAAACCGAUUUUAUACAGUCAUGUAGUAGUUCUUUUAAGAUAAACAGUCGUAAUGACAUAUAUUCAUUGCAGUUGGCUGGGGAGAAUAAAAGCUUUCAGAAGAUGUGUUGAAGAUAUCAAGCUAUAAUCAAACGCUUUAUUGAUACAGUAAUCAGAUGCUAAGACACGAUAGUUUUAUCUAUAUUCAAAUAUUUUAGUUCUUGGUAUGCAUUUAUCAAGCACCUGUAACUUAUUGCAAUAUAAUUUAUCACUGUUGAUAUUUUCUUAAAAUAUGUUUUAGUCAAUAUUGGUUUUAGUUAAAUAUUGAGUAUAGUUUUCUAGAGGUAAAGAAUUCGAAUUUUUUUUUGUGUGUGUAUUUUGUUUUCGUGAAAAAAGUAUCGGGCCCAUUUGAAAUGUGAUUUCUAUAAUCUGGAAAUGUGUUGUACUUCUGGCAUUGAUGGAAUU